AUUUACAGCAAAUUAAAAACACGACCUGAGUUCUUCAGUUUUGGCAAAAGUAUACCUUUUUCUUCUCUUUUAAACACAAGAUCGGCAGUAGUAAUGGCAGUAAUGAAGAAUAGCAGCAAGGUGAUCUUCACGUUCAUCUUAACAAUGGCAAUUUCCACUUGUGUAGUCAAGGCUGCAGGAGACGAGGAUAUAUUCGAAUUGCAACCUGAAAUCCACCACAUGUUCAGACCGGCCGAAAAGAUGCCACCUGCUGCCUUUUCACAACUUUUCACACUUCUGACACUUGCUCCAUGGGCCAUUCUUGCCUUAGGCUGGUUCAAGCUUGAAUACACACCCAAAAAGAUUAUUUCAGAGUUGAUAGCAGGCCCAAUCACUCGUACAGCUUCAAUUAUCGUAUUUUUAGCCUCUCUUAUUUCAAUUGAGGUUCUAUUCUAUCUUUAUUGGACUCGCUUAAACCUAUUUCAGACUUUACCGUAUCUUGCAGGUUUAACCAUCAUCACGUUUUUUACUGGACAACGUGCACUCAGUGCGUUGCAAAACAGAAGACUAGCUAAUUAUAACGACAAUUAAAUCGACAUUAUAUCGCUUAUGUAUUUAUUAUGACAUGCAUAGGAAAAGUAACCCAAUAGGCAAUUAAACAGUGAUUAUUUCAGAAU